ACACUGGUAUUUAAAAAGACGGAGGGAAACUUCUAGCUUGAGCUUUCACUCUGGUUUUCUUUACAUACUGUGUCUAUCGACGCUAUGCAGCAUAAUGUAGCUAAAUACAAACUACAGGUCAGUCUUAGUUUGGUUUAUAAAACCCGCUUUUAAAAACGUUUCUGAAGUUUGUGUCCGUGAUGCAAAAACCAGACGUUGACAGCUCUCACCGGUCUGUGGUUUUCUUCGACUUAGAGACAACUGGACUGGGUCAGAGUUGUGAGAUCGUCCAGCUGGCUGCAGUAAGCGGAGGCCACUACCUCAACCUCUACAUCAUCCCUCGGUGUCGAAUAGAUCGAGGAGCAGCCAAAGUGACCGGCUUCAGGGUCCGCAGACAGAGGCUGUACCUCCAUCGACAGGUUGUCCUCACCAACUCCCUCCGAGAGGUCCUGGUGUCCUUCAUAGCUUUCCUUCAAAUGCUCGGACGUCCACUUGUCAUCGGCCACAACAUCCGUCGCUUCGACUGUCCGCUGUUGGCUCGAGCUCUCGAUGAACUGGACCUCAGAGCAAAGUUUGAGUCAUCAGUCUCAGGCUACGUUGACACCCUGCCGCUGGCCCGGGAGAUGCUGAAGGACCGCUGCCUCCAGAGCUUCAGACAGGAGAACCUGGUCAGGGAGCUGCUGGGUGUGAACUACAAGGCUCAUGAUGCUUUGGAAGAUGUGCGGGCGUUACAGACACUGUACAGCGUGCUCCAGCCCACGCCAGAGUUGAUCAAUAGGCAUAUGUUUACUCUGAACACCAUGGAAAAGAAGCCAGCUGUGACAGAUGCCAAAGUGGCCUGUAGGCUACCAGGACAGCGCCCCCUGUGGCAGCACUUCAGACAGGCAGUGGAGGUCACAGGAGGCAAAGCAGAGGAGCAUGAGAGAAGUUGAUGGAUUAAAAAAAAAACUGUUUAACAGCAACAAAUUAUUACCAGAUUUUGAUCGGCGGUCUCCAUCAGCCUGCACGCUGCACCGGACGUUGUGCGCCUCCAGUUUUGUAAAUGUGUGAAAUCUGCAGAAUUGCUUCAUAACAGUAAGUUGGUUGUUCCUCCAAGCAGAGAAGAGAGUUUCCUGAAGUGGUUGAUGGUGAACGACUUCAAACAUUUUUAACCACUUUAGUGAAGCAAAAAGUAUAAAAAAACCCAAAACCACACACACACACGGAGCGUUGUAGCAACAGUCUGUGUGAAGCAGUUAAAAGGUGAAGGAGGCACAAAAGCACAGUCUGACCGUUCGUUGUAGCCGUUUUAACACUUUCGUCAUACAUGUGUGGGAAAUGUUAAGAUGAAUGUUGAAAUCCGCCUGCUGUGUGCUGCCUCUUCACAAUUUAUUUCGGGCACACUGACUUUAUACAUGCUGAAGAUUUCUUAACACAAAGCCAAGUUUCAGAUGUCUGUUUGUGGGAUUAUAAAUGGUGAAAAUAUAGAUUAUUAAAAAAGUGUUAUGUUUACUUCUAUUCUGAAUGAAGCUCAUGUUUCAAUGAGCCCUAAACAAAAAUAAGUUUUAAUGGUGUUAAAUAAACCUGCUAAUAAAUGUAUUAUAUUUCUACCGUGUUUCCCAGAUUAUAAACUUUGUUGCUGCGUAGUGCUGAAUAAACAGUUAAGAUAUUUCAA